CGAGUUUCCCGUAGCCAACUCUUUACUAGUAAUUCAGAUAGGCCUGUUGCGUAAUCAUCUCUGGAUCAGGAUUGUCAUUUGCUUCAUUGUAAGUAAAUGGGAAGAAAAUGUGUGCACAUUGUAAAGAGAUGCAUUAUUCUUUGGUGAGCAACACGCCACUUACUACAACGUUAUGUAUUUUCCAGAGUUAUUGUUAGUUAGGAGGAAGACAUGGAGGGUUCAACGCUGACACAGAGGAGGGCUGAGUGUCAGUUGAAGGAAAGGGAGAUCCAGACAGACUACAUGAUGGAGCUGGGAGCCAGGUUGGCUCUGGUGAGACAGCUCCAGAGGGAGCAGGAGAAGGAGAUGAAGAGGAUUUGGUUUGAGACGAGGAAAAUGCCAAGCCUGAUUGAGGAGAAUGUGAGAGAUGUGACCAACCGUCCACUCACUGAGUUCAUGGCGCCCUGUAUUGACUCCCUCCCACCGCUGGCUUUCAGCAAUCGGAGGCCUAUACCAACCAUGUUACAUCCCCCCUCUCCAUUGGCCAUACGCGCUCAGGAUGCACAGCGGUUCAUUGUAUUUUCAUACUUUGUCCCUGCUGAGUGCCCAGUUGCCACAGAGGCCACAGCAGAUGUAUCUACUGGUAAAAGAGAGGACUUAUUGACAGAUACACAUCUUUCCUCAAUGCUGCAUCGAUACCUGCCACACUUCUUGAAUGAUGACUCCAUUCCACCACAGCAGACAGUAGAGGGAACCACUGAGCUCUCAGUUGCUCCAGUGGCAAUAUCUAAUAUAAAGGAAGAGGACAGAUUCUAUCCUUUCUCCCUCCCACCACUGGCUCAGCGGUUCGUUGGCAAUUCAUUCAGAAGUCUUCCUUCAGUGCUGCCUCCAUGCCUGCCACCAAUCUUUGACGAUGACUUCAUGCCUCCAGAGCAGACAGUAGAGGAUGCCUAUGAGGUCUCAGGUGCUACAGAGAACACUUCAGGCACAGCUACUGUUGAUGGAGUGGACAGAUCAACAGCUAAAUGCCCUGUCCCAAUGCUGCCUCCAAGUCUGCCACCUGUCUUUGGCAUUGACUACAAACUGCCAGAGGAGGCAGUAGAGGGAACCAACAAGUGUCCAGUCACCAGUGAAUCUGCCGCUUCCGUGUCCGCUGUCCUCCAAGAGGAGUUUUCAGCUGAUAAUAGUCUUCCUGCACCCGCAGCACUGCCUCUAAGGCUGCCCUGCACCCACAUCAUUGACCACAAACAGCUAUGGGAGAAAGUUGAGGACAACACAGAGUUCUCAGUAGACAAAGAAGCAACUGUUGCCAUUUACACUUGGGAAGAUAAAAGUCCUUCAGUUCUGCCAUGCAUCCACAACAACAACGACCACCAACUACCAGAGGAGACAGUUGAGGACAACACAGAGUGCUCAGUUGACACCGAGGCAAGUGCAGUUGCAUCCACUGUCAAGAGAGAGGAACUGACAGGUGAUAAAAGCCCUGUCCGAGCAAUUCCUCCAAUCCUGGGAUGCAUCCAUGACAAGGACCACAAGGAGCCAGAGCAGAAAGUGAAGGGCCCUAGUGAAGAAGUGGAUCUCUGCCCUCACACUCACCAGCUGGACCCAGAUGUUAACUUAACUCUGGCAACCCGCAAUGAUGAACCCAGGACCUGGACCCUGGAAGAGGCAAAGGAUUAUUGGAUAGGCCUUGAAAUUGAGAGUGAAGAGAGGAGCGUCAAGGAGGAGGUGAGACAGAGGGAGGGAUUGAAGCGUGAGGCGGACUGUGCCCAUUCCAAGAGCUCCAAUGGGAUGGUUUCAUCAGAGAGAGCAGAGACCAUCCUUGGAAGAGUGGGCUUUCUGGUCAUGAACCACAUGCAGAAAAUCCCAUUUUUGAAGAUGAAGGAAAAAGAGAAAAUAAGAAACUGCAUAAGAAGUUGA